CUCUGUGGCUGACCCCGUCCUUCCAUGCGCAUAGAUGCUGUGCCUCUGUAUCUAGAGCGUUUCCCUUUGCUCCGCCGCCGAAAUGGGUGACACACCCGAGUCUGGCAUCUCUCCGCUAGGCACCACUCCGCGCUCCAGCUCGCCCGCAAGGAUAGACGGCAGCUCUGCGAACAACAAGUCGACUCUAUCGACCGACGCCGCACGCUCGCGCUUCCCGAUACGAGGCUCUUCCCUACGAAACCCCAUCCCCGCGAACGAGCCCAAAUCGACGUCGGCACCGAGCCCUAACGGUGCCCCCGUCAUAACGCGAUCUGCCCCUACCGGCGAACCGCUUUCUGCGUCGGAACCAGACGAAUUCCCCUUCAACACGGGUACAGGCGCGCAUAAGCAGCUACCCACGAACGAGCUUGUCGAUCGCGAUUCGCACGGCAAGGAGGCCCAAUCUCCGGCCCGCCACGUCAAUGGCUCCCCGAGCGUGCCUCAACAUGCGUUUGUCCCGAUAUCGAGACGAGGAACGGGCGAAGGCGAUGAAUCCGAUGCCGCGCCGAAAGGCCGUCGGAGCGUGCAGUUCGCCCGGAACACCACCUUCAACGACGAGCAGCAGAACGCGCAGCAAAAUGCGCACUCGCGGCAGCAGUCGUGGGAGGGAGACGAUGUGGAUGGAAAGGGCAAAGAGCGGGAGCGCCAGGGGUCUUCCCUCAUGACCAAGCUGAAGGCAUUGGCUGCAAACCCCAUGGGCCUCCAGGGCCACGGGCGAAGCCUGAGCGGGUUUGCUGGCGCCGGCCCCAUGAACGAGCACUCGCCUCGCGGCCAGCUUUCACCGGCGUCCGAGAGGGACGAGUUCCGCUUCGAUGGACACGACAGCGAGGCCGAUGCUGAUGCUGAGGAAAGCGCGGGUGAAGGCCCUUCACGUCCGGCCAGAAGGAGAAGGAAGAGCCGGCGCUGGUUUGACGACGGCGCAGAAGGCCCGCAGACUGCACCCACGACGCCUCGACACACCGGCUUUCCCUCUCGCGACCGCGAUUCGCCCAACAUCACGCCCACCGCAAGCAAUGUACACCGGCCAACAUUCAUGCGCCGCGGUACCAUGAGCGACAUCCCCGAGCACAGACAGGGCGUCUCAGAAGAUGAAGGACGCGAUCGCUUGGCCAAGGAAAAUGCUUGGACGCGAGGGCUGCACAGUGCCCGGGGACUUUCAUACGGUGGCCUCCGCCGCCACGACGCUGAUGGAGACGAAGGUGAAAGACGCCCGAGCCACUUGCGCAGGCUCACAGCGUUCGGCGGCAGCAGCAACGAGGGGCCCCAGGCAUCGCCUUGGCGACUGCGCAGCGAACGUACGUCCAGUCUGAGCGCUCAAAAAUGGAAGCAGAUCAAGAAUAGUCUUCGCGUAUUUGCCAAGAGCACAAAGGCAAUCGACCGCCAGGUUGACCACGCCAAAUCCGCUGAGCUCAUGGCCGAGCUCUUGGCUGGCGCGCCUGCUGCUUUGUUUCUUGCAAGCAUGUUCCAGCGCGACGAACAUGACAGGAAGCGCGUGCCUAUCCUGCUAGAGCAGUUGAAGGUCUCCAUCACCGACUCGGAACAGCUGGAAACCAAGGACGGCAAGGAGGUCAAGGAAGAAAAUCGCCACAUCAACCUUAGGAUCGAAUUGGAAUACGGAAGUGGUCUCACCCGCAUGAAGUGGGUCAUCAAGCGCUCAGUUAGGGACUUUGCCAACUUGCAUCUGAAAUUCAAACUCCAAGAAAAACAAAAUUCGUUCCUAAACCGAGACCAGAAGAAAAAGGACUCGAAGAAAGAAAUCAGCGCUAAAGGCAAGGAGAAGUCUGAGGAGAGGGAUGCUGACAAAGAUGACCGCACCCCGAAGCUUCCACGGUUCCCCCGCAGUGCAAUUCCAUACCUACGCGGGUGGCGAGGCUACAGUGUCUUGAACGAAGAGGAUGAAGAGGAGGACAAGGACGAAGAAGAGGCUGAGGGGAACGAAACGGACCGCCCUGGUAAACCGAGCCGACUCAAGUCUAGCCUCGGGCUUGGGCGUCGCAAAUCCAGCAUUGGGAGUCCCGAGCAUGGUGGCAGCUUUAUCGGACAGUUGGCAGUUAGACAAGGCAGUUUCGCUGGUGCUAUCGGGGUACCACAGCACAACAAACAGCACGCAUAUCAGGAGAGGCAAAGAAAGAAGCUGGAAAGAUACCUGCAGAAACUCAUCACUUACCUCAUCUUCCGACCGGAGAGCAAUCGGUUAUGCAAAUUUCUUGAGCUGUCCGCUCUGGGUGUGCGGUUGGCUGCCGAAGGCGGCUAUCACGGAAAGGAGGGUCUUAUGAUGAUCCAGUCUUCCAAAGGCGUCGAUGCUAGAAAGAAGUGGACUCCGUCUCCUUUUGUGGCGCGACACUCCCCGAAGUGGUUCCUCGUGCGACAUAGCUACGUUGUCUGCGUGGACUCACCAGAAGAGAUGAACGUGUAUGAUGUGUUCCUUGUGGACUCAGACUUCACUAUCGAUGACAAAGGAAGGAGUCUGCGGGACAAGAAGGCUCGGGACAUUGCCAGUGAAGCGAAAGCAUCAGCAACCGGACACCACCUUCUGCGGCUGAGAAACUCGGAGCGUAAGAUGAAACUGCUGGCCAGGAACGAGAGGCAACUCAAGCAGUUUGAGGAUUCUAUCCGAUUCAUGGCAACCAACACCGAGUGGAACAACCCGCAUCGAUUCCAGAGUUUUGCUCCUGUCCGAAAGGGAAUCUAUGCGCAGUGGCUGGUCGACGGCCGCGACUACAUGUGGAAUGUCUCCCGUGCUAUAAGUAUGGCUAAGGACGUUAUUUAUAUCCACGACUGGUGGUUAAGCCCGGAACUUUACAUGCGACGGCCGCCUGCCAUUAGUCAGAAAUGGAGACUGGAUCGUCUGUUACAACGCAAAGCGCAAGAAGGUGUCAAGGUGUUUGUCAUCAUGUAUCGCAACAUCAACACGGCCAUUCCCAUCGACUCUGAAUACUCAAAGUAUUCGUUGUUAGACCUGCAUCCAAACAUCUUUGUCCAACGUUCACCAAACCAGAUUCGACAAAAUACUUUCUUCUGGGCGCAUCACGAGAAGAUCUGCGUCGUUGACCACACCAUCGCCUUCUGUGGUGGCGUCGACCUCUGCUUUGGCAGAUGGGAUACACCCCAGCAUGUGGUGACCGACGAUAAGCUGACCGGGUUUGAAUUGGACGAUAACCCUAAAGAUGCCGACCAUUGCCAGCUCUGGCCUGGAAAGGACUACUCAAACCCUCGUGUCCAGGACUUCUUCGAAUUAGACAAGCCCUACGGGGAGAUGUACGAUCGAAGCAAAGUCCCACGAAUGCCAUGGCACGACAUUGGUAUGCAAAUUGUUGGCCAACCGGCUCGGGAUCUGACUCGCCAUUUCGUUCAACGUUGGAACUACUUGCUGAGACAACGGAAGCCCUCCCGCCCGACUCCGUUUUUACUUCCACCACCAGACUUUGAUCCUGCUGACAUCAAGGCUCUUGGUCUUGAUGGGACAUGUGAAGUGCAGAUCCUUCGCUCAGCCACAUCUUGGUCGCUCGGCACGCCUAACAAAACUGAGCACAGUAUAAUGAAUGCGUAUGUCCAAAUGAUAUCGACUUCGGAACACUUCGUCUAUAUCGAGAACCAGUUCUACAUCAGCAGCUCCGAGGUGUUGGGUACGAAGAUCGAGAACAAGAUUAGUGAUGCUAUUGUGGAUCGGAUCAAGCGCGCACACCAGAAUCAAGAGGAUUGGAGGGCAUGCCUCGUCAUUCCGCUCAUGCCAGGUUUCCAGAAUACCGUCGACCAACAAGAAGGUAGCAGCGUCCGUUUGAUCAUGACCUGCCAGUACCGCAGUAUUUGCCGCGGCCCAACGUCCAUCUUCGGCCGCCUGCGUGCAGUUGGCAUUGAGCCCGAAGACUACAUUCAGUUUUACGCACUGAGAUCUUGGGGUGAGAUUGGUCCACAAAAAUCGCUCGUUACCGAACAGCUCUACAUUCAUGCGAAGUGUAUGGUCGUUGAUGACCGUGUUGCAAUCAUCGGGUCCGCGAACAUCAAUGAACGCUCUAUGCUGGGCUCGCGUGACUCCGAGGUCGCAGCCAUCGUGCGCGACACCGAAGUCCUUGAUUCCUUCAUGGCCGGCGAACCCUACAAAGUUGGCAAGUUCCCUCACACCCUACGCAUGCGUCUGAUGCGAGAGCACCUGGGCGUAGAUGUUGAUCACAUCUUCGCAGAAGAGUGUGCAAGCCAGCGUUCUGAGGCCGAUAGCACCGCCUUUCAUGACGAAUCUUCCGUGCCGUCAUCUCCGACCGGGGACCGCGAGACGGAACAGAAGUUAGCGGAGAACAGACAACGACUGGAAGAUGACCUGAUCGCCCGAGCUGAAAAGAUUCACAGCUUCAAUCAUGACAUUGACUGGGAACAAGAGAACAACCCGCACUUAAUCUCCAACAAGAAACCCUCUGCCGACUCCCGGGUUUCAAACAACCCAGCGCAUCAGAAGGAUGUGCGUGGCGAAGGUGCGGACCACAUGCGUGAAGUUGAAAACAGACAUCCUAGCCUCUCGCGCGCGCGUGAUUCAUACGUAAAUGAAAAGGGAGAAGAGGUUCUGGCCAGCGACGUUGCGGCUGAAGGUGUUGGGCAAACUCCAAAGAAGAACUCGGGUAGAAGAGGCCGUAGCAACACUACAGGUAGCAGAGCGACUGCGCACAGCGUUCCCGAGGGCUACGCCGGCCUUCCUCCACCAAAACUGCCGCGAAUGGAUACCAGACAACUGGGCCUUCCUCAGCUCAGUCAACUACCGUCACUGCCUGUGCUCGAUGAUACGGAUAUCGGCGGUCCGCCUCUGCAGCGCACGUUCAGCUACGAAUCAUCGUCCGUCAUCAAUCCUCUCCUUUCCGAGAUGCGUCGCCCUAUCGUCACCGACGACUGCAUGCGCGAUCCGUUGAAUGACGCCUUCUACCUCGACAUCUGGCACGCUGCAGCAGAGAACAACACCAAGCUUUUCCGACAGGUGUUCCGCUGCAUGCCGGAUAAUGAGGUCAAGACGUGGAAGGAGUACAAAGAGUACGCCGCCUUCUCCGAGCGCUUCAACCAAGCACAGGGCGCAGGCAAGUCCGCGCAGCGGAAACAGCAAGACUCGCCGGGUAAGACAGGACCACCGGGCUCAGGCUCCGUCGGCGAGAAACUGGCCGCCGCACCUGGCAACGCCUUCAAGGCGGCGGAGAUGCUCGGCGAGAAGCUGAACGAGAAGAUGUCGCGCGACUCGCGGGAUUCCGGGAGCGCCUUUGGGAAAGUAGAGGAGUGGGCCCAAGACCAGGCGAAGAGUGCGCGCGAGUCGCUCCGCGUCGACACGCACGCCAACGGCGACAUCGACGAGAAGCUCGCCAUGCGCACCACCGCCGACGAUGCCAUCGUUUCCCCCCUGAACACCGCGCCCCCAGCCCAGACCUUCACCUUCCCUCCUCCGCCCCCCGAGCCCGAGAGCGGCACCGCAACAACCGACUUCGCGACAGCCAAUGGCGCCGCGCGCGCCCGCACAGUCACCAUCUCCGAGCCGGCGCCGCGCGAGGGCGUGCCGUCCCGGCAGCACGCGAGCACGAUGGGCAGCAAGCGCAGCCGGCGGCGGGCGACGACGAAGAGUAGUGCGAAGGCGUUCAAUGCCACGGACGCGGAGCAGUUGCUGGAUAAAGAAGAUGCGAAGAAGUUGAUGGAGCUGGUUCAGGGGCAUUUGGUCUUGUGGCCGUAUGAGUGGCUCGAGGCGGAGGAGAGUAACGGGGGUUGGUUGUAUAGUGUGGAUCAGAUUGCGCCGUUGGAGAUUUAUAAUUAGGGGGAGUGUUGGUGGGCUGGGGUGAGUCUUGUCUUUUCGUGUUGCAUUGCGGAUGGUGUCUCUCUUGCUCUUUUGUCCCGUCACAUCACAUCACAGUAGCACCAGUCUGCGUUCUCUUUGCUUUUUCAUUUCUGCUGGGGACGGCAUAUACAGACACCCCUAUUUCAUUAUGUGCUAUCCGUUCUGUUCUGGAAACAAAUCUGAGCCGUAACCGCGUUUGUAGGUAUAGACAUGUGUAUUCGUAACGAAGGGAGAGUGGACGGAGCGUGUAGCGGGGAUAGAAAGUGAAUUCAUCAUAGGUUGGUUACUUAUUUGCACUGAGG